UGGGAAAGGAAAACAGUAAGCCAGCCAGCGGCGAACGUGGUCGCGGUGGUAGAGGUCGUGGCCGUGGAGCUGGAGGACCACGGCCCCCAAGACCAGAAGGGGAAUUUGCUGAACGUUUCGGAGAAGCCCGUGGAGGCCGAGGCGGUGGUCCACGAGGAGGAGGUCGUGGUCGCGGUGCUCCAUUCCGAGGGCGUGGUGGAGGUGCUAACACUUUUACGGAUGCUCCAAAGGACUUCCAAAGGCAGUGCAGAUGAGGUUCCUAGUGAAAUGCCGCCUGCUGAAUUCCAAGGUGAGCGUCGUGGACGAGGUGGACGAGGAGCUUUCAAUGGAGAGCGAAGAGGACGAGGCGCGUUCCGUGGUGGGCGUCAAUUCGAUCGUCAGAGUGGGUCAGAUCGUACGGGUGUACGUGGGGACGACAAAAAGGGCGGCUAUGGUCGUGGCAACUGGGGAGAUGUCAAGGAUGAGCUUGCCGGGGAGACUGAGCCUAUCGUCGUACCGGAAGAACCUGAGGUUCCUCGAGAAAAAACUGCCGAGGAGCUCGCACAGGAAGCUCUUGAAGCUGAGUACGCGAAGCAAAAAACCUUGAAGGAGUACAUUGACUCUCAAAAGAAGGAGGCUCCCAAGUUCAACGUCCGCAAGGCUGGAGAAGGUGAAGAGGAGAACUUUGGCAAGCUGGUCAAACUGCAGAAGGAAGUGGUUGUCGACAAAGAAGAGGAAGAAGUUUCCAUAAUUCGCCGUGAACCCCGUGAGAAGGCACUUCACAUUGACAUCCAAUUUGCUGAACCUAACCGUGGCUUCCGUGGUGAUCGCCCACCAAGAGGAGGGCGUGGCGCACGCGGCGGUGGACGAGGUGGUCGUGGAGGAAACCGUGCACAGGUUCCCCCUCAGUUUGAUUCCUCGCUUGAUGCCUUUCCCGCUCUUGGUUCCAAGUAA